AUGGAUCGCCAUUCCAGCUACAUCUUCAUCUGGCUGCAGCUCGAACUCUGCGCCAUGGCCGUGCUGCUCACCAAAGGUGAAAUCAGAUGCUAUUGUGAUGCUGCCCACUGCGUGGCCACUGGCUAUAUGUGUAAAUCUGAGCUGAGCGCCUGCUUCUCUAGACUUCUCGAUCCCCAGAACACAAAUUCCCCGCUCACCCAUGGCUGCCUGGACUCUCUCGCGAGCACAGCGGACGUCUGCCAAGCCAAACAGGCACGGAACCACUCUGGCACCACCAUGCCCACGCUGGGAUGCUGUCAUGAAGAUAUGUGCAAUUACAGAGGGCUGCAGGAUGUCCUGGCUCCUCCCAAGGGGGAGGCCUCAGGACCAGGAAACCGGUAUCGGCACGACGGGAGCAGGAACCUCAUCACCAAAGUGCAGGAGCUGACCUCUUCCAAAGAGUUGUGGUUCCGGGCAGCGGUGAUCGCUGUUCCCAUCGCCGGCGGCCUGAUUUUAGUGUUGCUUAUCAUGUUGGCCUUGAGGAUGCUUCGAAGCGAGAACAAGAGACUGCAGGACCAGCGGCAGCAGAUGCUGUCGCGUUUGCAUUACAGCUUUCACGGACACCAUUCCAAAAAGGGGCAGGUGGCAAAGUUGGACUUGGAAUGCAUGGUGCCCGUGAGCGGGCACGAGAAUUGCUGCCUGACCUGUGACAAACUGAGGCAGGCGGACCUCAGCAACGACAAGAUCCUCUCGCUCGUUCACUGGGGCAUGUACAGCGGGCACGGGAAGCUGGAGUUCGUAUGA